CGUCGGCACGUAGGUAUGCCAGUAUACAUUCAUGGGCAGGGGGCGGGGGGCUCAAGGUCGUAUCGAGUGUAUUCUAUUCGGAUGAGGCGCUCUGGACGAUGAUGGCAGGGUGCAGUUCCUUUCUGCUGCCGUCUCCUCUCCUCGGCUUGCCCUCGACUCCCCUCCCCCGGCCGACGUCCCCAACACCUACUACAUGCUUACACACACCCUCUUCCACGUCUAUGCUUACACUCGCACUCACUCUCACACACACACAAGCACCCACGCGGCGGCCUUCUCUGCCGCUCUCCCUCUCCACAGACCAGAAAUGCUGUGCGAUGCGACAUGUCAGAUUGAUGACAUGCCAACCUCGAUUUGACGAAAAGGGCAAGAAAAGAGAGGACAACAAAAACUUGCCUCGAACCCCUUUCCUCCCCCCCUCCCUCCUAGGACCUGCUGCUCUCUCUCCCACCCCGAUGCCGCAUAUGGCGCCCCAGGGUCGGAAAGUACAUCACAUGUGUGUAGUAUGUGUCUAUGCACGCGCGCACAUUACUUACUACUAGUUUUACGUGAUUCUACCUACCUAUAUUCCAAACCAUGCCGUGCCGUGUCAUGCCGCCUACGCGUACUCUCCCUCCCCGGACUCUUACUCUCGACAUGGCGGACCUGCGGCACGUGUGCUUACCUGCCUACCUGCCUGCCCACCAACCCAGAGUGCAGGCCGCGCGCGACGCAUCCCAUCG